AUGAAGCCUCUCACUCACUCUUCUUCCACGCACUCAUCGUCAGCCAAAUCGCUUCUCAUGAAAAAGUUGCUUGUUCAAUUUCAAAUUCAGACAAAACAUGAAUAUCCUCAUAAUUAUGCACCUUCCAAAGGCUUUUUAGAUUGGAGUAACCAACCAAAUCCGUACCGAUCAUUUAUCGGAGAGGAUGCAAAGCCUUUACAAACGCUUUCAUUGAACGAAGAAUUAAUCUUGAACAAGGCUAAACAUUUGAAAGGAUUUGAUGAAAUAUACUUGGAACAGAAAGGAAUUUCGAAGGAAUCAUCAUCAGAGGAAUUUCUUCUUCCGAGUGGCUCGGUAGAAUUGAAUGAAAAGAGUUUGAGUGAAUUUAUGUUCUAUAGUAUGAGUUUGUCUGCUACAAAGAAAUACAAGCAUAAUAGUUGGAGUUUGAGAGUGAAUCCAUCAAGUGGAAAUCUUCAUCCGUGCGAAGUGUAUUGUAUUUUAGAUUGUGACCUGAGUGCCAUGACGGAAUCACCAUCAAAAACAGCAGUUGAGAAGCAUCAAGGAUCCUCCACUCAUGUCUAUUCGUAUCAUCCAAAAUAUCAUGCAUUGCAAUUAAGAAGUGAAUGGAAGACGAUUUCACUUGUGAACGAUCUAUUACUUUCAUCCAAACCAAAUCAAGUCAAACAUGAUGAUUGGAAUAGAUUUUUUGCAGUAGGAUUAUGCACAGUGAAUUAUCGAGAAACUUGGAAGUAUGGAAUUCGUUCAUACCGAUAUUCUCAAUUGGAUUCUGGACACGCCAUUGCUGCAUUGAAAUAUAGCGCCUCGUUAUUUGGUUGGGAUUGUAUUGUCCUCAAUGAUCACCCUCUUGUGACUUCAAAAUUAAUGGAAACCGUUUUAGGAUUAGACCAGUUUAAUGAGACUGAAAUGAAAGAGUAUGAGAGGGAAAAGGAAAAAUUCGAAGCAAUUCUUUUGAUAGACACAAAACCAAAAUUCAAGCUCAAUCACGAAGGACUGCACAUCGAAAAUACUCCUCCAGUUUCAAUGUAUCACGUUUCCAUUUUACACGAAAAAACUCAUCUCUGUAAUGACAUGAUGAAUGGAAAAAUCAAAGCACAAAGAUAUGGAAAACCAAAUUUAUUGUGCAGCGAGCAUCAACAUUGGCCUCAAAUGGAGCCAAUUCCAGAACUGUGCAACUUGACGAAGCCAUAUCCAUGGUCAUUGUUGUCUAAUCAUGAUCGAUCCUUGAAUGAUCUUUUCAAGAGAACACCGAUCCAAUUUUUAGAUGCGCUUCCCUGUACGCUCACCGCUCAACAAGUAAUUAGAACAAGAAGAAGCGCUCAAAAUUUUGACGGUGUCACAGUUAUUGAAAAUAAGGACCAAUUUUUCUCCAUGUUGGAAAAACUAUUGCCAUCUCGAUAUCCUUCAUUAUGGAGAUGUCUCUCUCCAUACGAUAACUUUACCCAAAAUGGUUGUAAUGUUCAUCUUGUUAUAUUUGUUCAUCGAGUGAAAGGACUGGAAAGAGGAAUGUAUCUUUUAUAUAGAGGACUUGAGAAUAUGAAUGAUAAAAUAACGAGUGAGAACGUUCUCAAUAAGAUCAAACAGGAUUGGAACAUGAGUUUUGAUUGGCACAUGAUAGAUCAAAAACUCCCUCUUUUCAAACUUGUCUCCAACGACUUGAGAAAAUUUGCAAAACUUUCUUCAUGUGUGCAAGAUAUUGCAAGUGAUAGUUGUUUCAGUAUGGCAAUGGUCACAUUUAACUUUGGAACUCAUAUUGAAAAGAAGGGUCCAUAUGGAUUUAAAGAAUUGUACUGGGAAGCUGGAUAUAUUGGUCACAUUUUGUAUUUAGAAGCAGAAAGAAUGGGAUUGAGAGCAACUGGUAUCGGAUGUUUCUUUGAUGAUACCAUUCUAGAAAAUGUUUUACAAGUUGAAGAAGAAGACUCAUAUUCUGUUUUGAAUGAAAUUGAUGAUAGUGAAAAUUCAGACAUUGAUGCAAUUCAAAAUUAUCAAGAUUUGUAUCAUUUCACAAUUGGAAAACCUGUGGAAGAUAGUAGAAUUCAAAAUGUUUCUCCAUAUAUUGAAAAUUAUGAUAAAUUUGAAUGA